AACGAAGUAGACGGUAGGGUAGUCACCAGCAGCAAACAAACCAGAGGAGGGACAGAGACAGCGAACCAGAGAGCUAUGUGGCAAGGUUGAAGAAGACGGAGAUCAUAAAACGCCUACUGUCUUGAACAGUGUUUUAAACGUCCAACGAUCCAACUGGAUCCACUGGACAUCUGAACCCCGAUCCGAACAACGAGCUGGCCCUGUUAAGGCUGCUCGGGCAGAUCUCAAGCCGAACCAGAGCUGUUCGGAUCCGAUCAGAAUCGAGAGAACACAGCAACACGGAUACAAGGUAAAAAGGCCAAACUCCAAAGGAGUUACAUCAUCCCUCCCAAUCGACAUCUUCUGCAGCACUAACCAUCAUUCGUGUGGGAAUUCUGAGUGGAAUGCUCCAGUCAUAAUGUCACUGCCAUGUCACACCUUACGCCCAGCUCGCAUCGGAGGGGGUGCCCGGCUAUCGGCCAAUCCCAGAGGGAUCCUAAGUAGAGCCACUUCCUGUUCCUGUUUAGAAGAAUUUCCUUUCAAGAACCUCCCACUCCUCUGACUCUGUUUUAAGGCCCUCCCCUGUGUUUUUCCCCGGUGCUGCAACCUCCACCUGGAGUCCAAUCCACUUGGCAUCCCACCGCAGUUGCCAUGGAGACAUGCAGAUGGGCUCGGUAAAUCCUGCUGGCUACAGCUUCCAGAUGUUGUGGCAGAUGUGGACAGGGCGGGCAGGCAGCGUUGGAUCAGGACGGACACAGAGUCGGAGCGGCCAGGCUCAGCUUCCUAUCGACACACUCUCUGGUGACCUCACGGCGGUGACCUCACGGCGGUGACCUCACGGCGGUGACCUCACAGCAGGGACUCUAGAACUCUCUUCAGCGCGACUCCACCGGCGCUCCUUGGCCACCCAGCCCCCGUUGGACACUCUCGUAGACAGACAGCAUGCGGCACAUCCACGUGGAGGCCGCCCCAAAGGAGGCCCCGCUGGAGCUGCCCGCCCAGGAGGGGGACCUGCCCCCGUCCGCCGCCCCGGCCCAGGGCCUGGACCCGGGCGUGAGGCCGGGGGCCCCCCGGGCCUACGGACAGGAGGAGCUGAGGCUCCAGAAGGUCUACCAGCUUUCCAUCUUCUCCCACCUGGGGGGUUUCUCCGCCUCGGCAGACCCCCCCGGCGAGGACCCCCAGAAGGCGGCCCUGAAGAGGGGCCUGGGGGAGCCCCAGCUGGCCCCCAAGCGGCCCCACCUCCAGGACUCCGCCCACGGGGAGGAGCUGGAGGAGGGCGCCGUGCUGUGCGGCCCGGGCCCGGGGCUGACGGGGGGCCCGGGCCCCGGGGGGGCGGCCUAUUCCUGCGCACUGAUGGAGGCCCGAGACCCUGAGGGGGGGCUGGCGCCCCGGUCCCCGCCUCUGUCCCCCAGCCAGACGCCCUCCCGCCGGCCGGCCCAGCACAACCACACCCGGCCCGUCCCCGACGUGUUCGCCCCGCUCUCCCCCAAGUCUCCCCCCGUGUGCUGCGAGCCCCCGGGGCCGACGGGUUCCCAGGGCCCCGGCGGGGGGCGGGGGUCCGGCCACUCCCCGGGCAGCCCCGGAGGAGAGAGCUGCGGAAACGGCCGCUCCUCCCCGGGGGGCCAGCCGGCUGGCCCCCAGCCCUCCGACGUGGCCUGCUACGAGACCCCCUGCCCGGCCAGCCCCACCGGCCCCCCCGGCCCCUUCUCCCCCCCGCACCACUCGGAGCCCCUGGAGCCCGGCGAGGCCACGGAGUGGGAGGCGGGGCUGGAGUCCUCUCCGCCGGAGCGCAGCGCCACCCAGGCCGCCGCCCCCCCGGGCCUGGCCCGGACCCCCAGCCCCAACGGGCUCCGCCUCGGCGCCUCGGGGGCCCACUGCCCGGCCAAGAAGCGGCUGCUGUCGCCCAGCGACACGGGAGAGUCGUGCUCGGAAGACGAGGGCCCCUCCACCUCCAAGAGGAGCCGCCUGGCCCUGCUGGCCCCCGGCCUCGGCCCGGCCUCCUGCCGCAGCACCGACGCCAAGGCCGCCCCCUACUGGAACCACCUGCUGCCCUCCGCCAAGAAUGCAACAGAAUGCACAAGAUCAGGGCGACGACUGAAGAGUGGGCUGCGACUGAAGAGCCGGCAGCUCCGCAGCGGACGGCGUGCGGACAGCGGACGCACGGCGAGGCCCUCCUCCUCCGUCAGUCGAGCCCUGCUGGGGAACUUUGAGGAGUCCAUACUGAAGGGGCGCUUCUCCCCGUCGGGGCAGAUCGAGGGCUUCACGGCGGAGAUCGGCGCCAGCGGCUCCUACUGCCCUCAGCACGCCACCCUCCCCGUCCAGGUCACCUACUACGACAUCUCGGAACACAGCGCCCCCUCCCCCUUCCUGGGCGUGGUUUCCCUCGAACCGCUUGGGAAGAAAGGAUACAGCGUACCCAAAUCAGGGACCAUUCAAGUGACCUUAUUUAAUCCCAACAAAACUGUGGUGAAGAUGUUCCUGGUGACCUACAACUUUGAGGACAUGCCUGUCAAUCACAUGACCUUCCUCCGCCAUCGUAACUUCCUGGUGCCUGUGGAGGAGGUGCCUGAGGGCCAAGGGGAGGGGCCAGCAGGGGGUAGAGUCCCGGAGAGGAAGAGGAUCCUCUGCUACCUGAUACACCUCAGAUUCCAGAGUUCAAAGUCUGGAAAGAUCUACUUGCACAAUGACAUGCGGCUGCUAUUCUCCCGUAAGUCCAUCGAGAUGGACACGGGGAUUCCUUACGAGCUCAAGUCCUUCACCGAGGUGCCAAGAAACCCCAAAUAUUCCCCCCGCGUGUGACCGCUCGCCCACGACGCCUCCUUACGCCCCUGUCACGCCCCGACGCCCCCCGUCCCUCCCACCCAACACCAAACACCAAACACAGCCCUUCUCUGGUCAGACACGGACAGACGGAUGGUCCGACGGACUGAUCUACUGAACAACUGAACGACCGACCGUGAGAGAUGCAGGAACAGAUUUACUUUAAAUGACCAGUACACACACGUUCCACAUUCACGGCACUCAUGCACGCGCACACACGCGCACACACGCACACACACAUCACUCAACAUGAAAAACACAGUCGCACACGACACUCCUCCUGCGAGAAGCCUCCUUCUUGUUUUGGGGGCGGAGCCACUGCGCUCCAAGCAGUGUGGUAAAGGAAGGGGGAGGAGCCUCAGCGGUUGUGGUGCGGGGCCACACGGGUCAGGCUGGAGGGCGGUCUGAGGACGCUGAGUGGACCUGGAGCCCGCAGACACGCCCGUGUCAACAUGCAUGCCUUGUGACUUUUAAAAACAACGACAACUGUAUUUUCCUCUAGUGCGCGAAUCACGCUUUCCUUCACUCUGCCUGCAAGUGACCCCCCCCACCCCCUCCUCCACGUCACCGCCUCAAACGGCGUUCCCGUUGUUGUGUGUAACUGUAUGUGCGCAUGCGACCCGAGCGCGCGCGCGCGCGCACACACACACACACACACACACACACACACACACACACACACACACACACACACACACACACACACACACACACACACACACACACCCCUUCGUGGUGAGGAAGUUGGCUGAGACGCAGGGCUGGCGAUGGGCCCCUCAAGCACAUCGGGGGGGGCCCGUUUCAGCGCUCAGCCUCACUUUAUUCCUCCUUCCACCAGGUGUACUACAAUGAUCCGUAACGACAAACUAGUCUGCCCCUCAUUCUCCCUAUCCCAGCAAGCCCCGCUCCCCCCCCCCCACCACGUAGCAAUCUCCACAGUGGUACGGACGGCAGAACAGAACACCAAGUCGGAAAGGGUCAUACCAUGUCAUGAACUGCAGGGGGGGGGGGUCAGGUUAGGUUUAAUGUAGCCAGACUGAGGGACACUGUGUUUUUUUUUCUUCAUUCAUUUUUUUCUUACAGUACGGUGAUAACAGUUGGAUUUAGGAGUAGAAAAAAAAAGAAAGAGGUAGUAUUUUUUAAUUUAUGUCUUCUUCGCAAAUGUCUUAAUAAGCAAUAUGCUGCACAGAGUAGAGUGUGUGUUUUCCAGUCAGACGUCAUUUCUCUGGGAGGGGUUUUGUUGGUGUGGUGUGGGGGAGGGGGGGGGGCGGGCGAGGAGGGGGGGGGGGGGGGGGGGAGCCCAAGCAGUGGAAAGAGGAUAUAUGUAAUAGGAGGACUAGGGAGGGAGGGGAGGGGGGGUAUUUAACAUUAGGGUGGGAAAGUAUAUGUAUAUUUAAAUUAAAGAAACAUUAAUAAAGUAUGUGCUGUUGUGGUUCUUAUUUUACACAGACACAAACACACAUCCCAUUACUCUUCCUGUUUGUGAAAAUGUCUAUGUUUACUGGGGAACUGUGUGUGUGUGUGUGUGUGUGUGUGUGUGUGUGUGUGUGUGUGUGUGUGUGUGUGUGUGUGUGUGUGUGUGUGUGUGUGUGUGUGUGUGUGUGUGUGCGCGAUGUGUGUCCAUCAGGGACUUGUGGAAUGUGCACAGACAGGUGUGUGAUUCAUGGCGUUGUGAGCGGGCAGAGAUGAAUCUGAUGGUGUCGGUUCAGGACGUAGAUGCCCCCCUCGUACACGAUGUACUUCUGGGGUACAUUGUGUACCACACAACCACAGCUCUGAAUGGUUUCUUUCGCUACACCAGAGCACUCUCUGGUUGUGCUCGAUUCGGUUCACACGUUCACUCAUUCACUUGUUCCCUCACUCUCCACGCAAUGAAGGCAAAUAUGAAAUUGUUAAUUGUAAGAUAAUUACACAUGCCAAAAUUGUAUUAAUUUUUAUUGACUCAGAUAUAUCCUCAUAUUUUUAGGUCAUACAACAACGUUUGGGGAAUGAACCAUAUCUAAUUUCACAAAAGUAAUUUUAUAGUGUGGUGUGUUGAGAGAGAAAGUGCAGGUGUGUUGUGUGUACAUCCUGUUCUUCAGUGCUAGGUUUGUUCCCCCUCCAAUUGCCUUUUGUGUUGGUCAUCUCAGGGUCUGAUCAAAUCGUGUUCUGUUUGGAUGGCUAAAGUUAAAC